UCGUCACUUUGGUGAAUAUUAUUAUAAGGCGAGACGUGAUUGGUAAGAUUAGUUGCGAGGCAGGCUCUUCACAGUUUGAGUCACAAAGUUGGCUGUACGUCAGGUGAAAUUGCGCAGAGUUGAAAUGGCGGAGACCACGGACAGAAUGGAGGGGGAAAGCUCAGUGAAGCCUUCGGCGGAAGAUAUGACGUCCAAGGACUAUUACUUCGACUCCUAUGCCCACUUUGGCAUUCACGAGGAGAUGCUGAAAGACGAGGUCCGCACGCUCACCUACCGGAACUCCAUGUUCCACAACAAGCACCUGUUCAAGGACAAGGUGGUGCUGGACGUGGGCAGCGGGACGGGCAUCCUGUGCAUGUUCGCGGCGAAGGCGGGUGCCAAGAAGGUCAUCGGGAUCGAGUGCAGUAGCAUAUCUGACUACGCAGUGAAGAUCGUCAAGGCCAACAAGCUGGAUCACAUUGUGACCAUCAUCAAAGGGAAGGUGGAGGAGGUGGAGCUGCCUGUGGAGAGCGUGGACAUCAUAAUCUCCGAGUGGAUGGGCUACUGCCUCUUCUACGAGUCCAUGCUCAACACCGUCAUCUACGCCCGCGACAAGUGGCUGAAACCGGACGGGUUGAUAUUCCCCGACAGAGCCACGCUGUACGUCACAGCCAUAGAGGACCGGCAGUACAAGGACUACAAAAUCCACUGGUGGGAGAACGUCUAUGGUUUUGACAUGUCCUGCAUUAAGGAAGUGGCCAUCAAGGAGCCGCUGGUGGACGUGGUGGACCCGAAGCAGCUGGUCAGCAGCGCCUGUCUGAUCAAGGAAGUGGACAUCUACACGGUGAAGAUCGAGGACCUGUCCUUCACCUCGCCCUUCUGCCUGCAGGUGAAGAGGAACGACUACAUCCACGCGCUGGUCACCUACUUCAACAUCGAGUUCACCCGCUGCCACAAGCGCACCGGCUUCUCCACCAGCCCGGAGUCUCCGUACACGCAUUGGAAGCAGACGGUGUUUUAUCUGGACGACUACCUGACGGUCAAAGCAGGAGAGGAGAUAUUCGGCACCAUCAACAUGAAGCCUAACGUCAAAAACAACCGAGAUCUGGACUUCACCGUGGACAUCGACUUCAAGGGUCAGCUCUGCGAGGUGUCCAAGACCUCCGAGUACCGGAUGCGCUGAGCUCUCCUGCGAGCGACCGUGCAGGAAGGAGGAGUGGGGCUGGGGUGGGUGUGUGUGUGUGUGUGUGUGUGUGUGUGCCUGCACGUCUGUGUGUGUGUGUGCACGUCUGUUUGUGUGUGUGCGUGCGCGCGUUUGUGUGUGUGUGUGUGUGUGAGAUGUCUUUUUUUCUUCUUUGUUUUUCUUUUUCCUAAGCUGUGACAUGAUUCUUGUGUAACAAUAUUUUUAAAGAUCCAGUUUUGCUUUUGUGAAACACAUUUUGUUCAGAAGUGGCUAGCUUUUAAAAACCUGGGUCUGUGAAAUGACAUUAGAACACCACGACGUGCAAUACUCUCAUAGGAUGUGUGUAAGUUAUGUUAGUUCUGUUGGCGUUUAGAUGAUCAUACAUGACCCUCAACAUUAAACGGCAGGAUACUCGGAUGAACACACACGCACACACCCUGGCCCCCUGGCUUACCCUGUAUAUAGUGUCCGUUUAAUAAGGAAAAAAAAAAAAACAACUAACAAUGUUCGGCCACUUUUAUGUCUCCGUUGUAACUAUGGAAACCUGUUGACGCGACCGUGCCCCUCCCCCCCCCCCUUAUUUUCUGUCUUUUAAAAAAAACAAAAACAAAGAAAAAAAAAGAA